CCGCCUUCGUUUCCUCGGCGGACGCUGCCGCCCCACUCUGGGUGCGGGGGAACCCCGCCGAGAUCAUGAGGAAAUUCAACAUCAGGAAGGUGCUGGACGGCCUGACCGCCGGCUCAUCCUCGGCCUCGCAGCAGCAACAGCAACAACAGCCGCACCCGGCCGGGAGCCGGGAGCCGGAGAUUCAGGAAACGCUCCAGUCUGAGCACUUCCAGCUCUGCAAGACUGUUCGCCAUGGAUUUCCCUAUCAACCCUCAGCCUUGGCCUUUGAUCCUGUGCAGAAGAUCUUGGCAGUGGGAACGCAGACUGGUGCUUUAAGGCUCUUUGGGCGUCCAGGAGUGGAAUGUUAUUGCCAGCAUGAGAGUGGAGCUGCAGUCAUCCAGCUUCAGUUUUUGAUUAAUGAGGGAGCUCUUGUGAGUGCCUUGGCUGAUGACACCUUACACUUAUGGAAUUUACGUCAAAAGAGGCCUGCGAUACUACAUUCACUUAAAUUCUGCAGAGAAAGGGUCACAUUUUGCCAUCUGCCUUUCCAGAGUAAGUGGUUGUAUGUUGGCACUGAACGUGGGAAUAUUCAUAUUGUCAACGUGGAGGCCUUCGCACUCUCAGGCUACGUCAUUAUGUGGAAUAAAGCCAUUGAACUGUCAUCUAAAGCUCACCCGGGACCUAUUGUCCAUAUAAGUGAUAAUCCAAUGGAUGAGGGAAAGCUUUUGAUUGGCUUUGAAUCUGGAACAGUAGUAUUAUGGGAUCUUAAGUCAAAGAAAGCUGACUACAGAUAUACAUAUGAUGAGGCCAUCCACUCCGUCGCCUGGCAUCAUGAAGGCAAGCAGUUUAUUUGCAGCCAUUCCGAUGGCACAUUGACUAUUUGGCAUGUGAGGUCGCCUACCAAGCCUGCACAGACAGUCACUCCACAUGGAAAACAGUUAAAGGAUGGGAAGAAGCCAGAACCAUGCAAACCUAUCCUCAAGGUGGAAUUCAAAACGACUAGAUCUGGGGAGCCGUUUAUUAUUUUAUCAGGUGGUUUAUCAUAUGACACUGUGGGAAGAAGACCGUGUUUAACAGUCAUGCACGGGAAAACUACUGCUGUGCUGGAGAUGGACUACUCAAUCGUUGAUUUCCUGACACUCUGUGAAACACCAUACUCAAAUGAUUUUCAAGAACCAUAUGCUGUGGUGGUUCUUCUUGAAAAGGAUUUGGUACUUAUAGACCUUGCACAAAAUGGCUAUCCAAUAUUUGAGAACCCUUACCCUUUGAGUAUACACGAAUCCCCUGUGACAUGUUGUGAAUAUUUUGCUGACUGUCCUGUCGACCUUAUUCCUGCACUUUAUUCCGUUGGAGCUAGACAGAAACGGCAAGGUUACAGCAAAAAGGAAUGGCCUAUCAAUGGAGGUAAUUGGGGAUUAGGUGCUCAAAGUUACCCAGAAAUAAUUAUCACUGGGCAUGCCGAUGGGUCACUUAAGUUCUGGGAUGCUUCUGCAAUAACUCUACAAGUAUUAUAUAAACUAAAGACAUCUAAAGUAUUUGAAAAAUCAAGAAAUAAAGAUGAUAGGCCAAAUACAGACAUUGUAGAUGAAGAUCCAUAUGCCAUUCAGAUCAUCUCCUGGUGUCCAGAAAGUAGAAUGCUGUGCAUAGCUGGGGUUUCAGCUCAUGUCAUUAUUUAUAGAUUCAGCAAACAGGAAGUCAUUACAGAAGUCAUUCCGAUGCUGGAGGUUCGAUUGUUAUACGAGAUCAAUGAUGUGGACUCUCCGGAGUGUGAACAGCCACCACCUUUGGCAACCCCAGUGAGCAGUUCCAGUCCACAGCCCAUUCCGCCUCAGUCUCAUCCGUCUACUAGUAGCAGUUCAUCUGACGGGCUUCGUGACAAUGUCCCCUGUUUAAAAGUUAAAACCUCACCACUUAAACAGUCUCCAGGUUAUCAGACAGAACUAGUUAUUCAGCUGGUGUGGGUGGGUGGAGAACCACCACAACAAAUAACCAGCCUGGCAGUUAACUCUGCCUACGGAUUGGUAGUUUUUGGCAAUUGUAAUGGCAUUGCAAUGGUUGACUAUCUCCAGAAAGCAGUACUCCUCAACCUGGGCACUAUUGAAUUAUAUGGCUCCAAUGAUCCUUACCGGAGAGAACCUCGAUCCCCACGUAAAUCUCGACAACCUUCAGGAGCAGGCCUGUGCGAUAUUAGCGAAGGAACUGUAAUCCCGGAAGAUCGCUGCAAAUCUCCAACUUCUGGUUCUUCAUCACCACACAAUUCAGAUGAUGAACAAAAAAUGAAUAAUUUUAUAGAAAAGGUGAAGACCAAAAGCAGAAAGUUUUCCAAGAUGGUAGCCAGUGAUAUAGCAAAGAUGUCAAGAAAGUUAAGCUUGCCUACUGAUCUAAAGCCUGAUUUAGAUGUAAAAGAUAAUUCCUUCAGCCGAUCACGAAGUUCAAGUGUAACCAGCAUUGAUAAGGAAUCUCGAGAAGCAAUCUCUGCUCUUCAUUUCUGUGAAACGUUCACCCGGAAGGCCGACUCAUCCCCUUCCCCGUGCUUAUGGGUUGGUACUACGUUAGGAACGGUGCUUGUCAUUGCAUUGAGCCUUCCCCCAGGAGGAGAGCAAAGACUUCUUCAGCCGGUUAUUGUGUCUCCAAGUGGCACAAUACUGAGGUUAAAAGGUGCAAUCCUGCGAAUGGCAUUUCUGGAUACCACCGGCUGCUUAGUGCCGGCAGCCUAUGAACCCUGGCGAGAGCACAAUGCUUCUGAAGACAAAGAUGAAAAGGAGAAGUUGAAAAAACGGCGGCCUGUCUCGGUAUCUCCCUCUUCUUCUCAGGAAAUCAGCGAAAACCAGUAUGCAGUGAUCUGUUCAGAAAAGCAAGCAAAAGUCAUCUCACUGCCAACCCAGAACUGUGCUUAUAAGCAAAACAUUACAGAGACGUCAUUUGUACUUCGUGGGGAUGUAGUGGCAUUGAGUAACAGCAUCUGCCUUGCCUGCUUCUGUGCCAACGGACAUAUUAUGACUUUUAGUUUGCCAAGUUUAAGGCCUCUAUUGGAUGUGUAUUACUUGCCACUUACCAAUAUGCGGAUAGCCAGAACAUUCUGCUUCACCAACAAUGGACAAGCACUGUAUCUUGUUUCACCAACGGAAAUCCAGAGACUGACUUACAGUCAAGAGACCUGUGAAAAUCUUCAGGAAAUGUUGGGAGAACUCUUCACUCCUGUGGAAACGCCUGAAGCACCCAAUAGAGGAUUCUUUAAAGGCCUAUUUGGAGGUGGAGCGCAGUCUCUCGAUAGAGAAGAGCUGUUUGGCGAAUCGUCAUCGGGCAAGCCUUCACGGAGCCUGGCUCAGCAUAUCCCAGGCCCUGGUGGCAUUGAAGGCGUGAAAGGAGCGGCCUCUGGAGUUGUGGGUGAAUUAGCACGAGCAAGGUUGGCCCUUGAUGAACGAGGGCAGAAGCUCGGUGAUCUGGAAGAAAGAACUGCCGCUAUGUUGUCGAGCGCAGAUUCAUUUUCUAAACAUGCUCAUGAGAUGAUGUUGAAAUACAAAGAUAAGAAGUGGUACCAGUUCUGACAGCUGGAAUCCAACUAAGUCCAACUUCAGCCAGAAGGAAAAUCAUUUUCCUCUUUUAUUGUCUUGAUUCAUUUGGGAAAGGCACCGGGGAAGGGGCGUCCAUCACUGGAUGCUGUUCUUGCAUAACACAACCCUGCACUGUUUUACCUCCAUCGUCUGGCUCUGACUGAGGUGUGUCCACACACGCUCAAACUGGAAUACGUGGCGUGGGCCCACUGUGAGCUGACGGUUUGCCAGCUGAGCAGGCCACACGUGACCGAUGAGGAAGCCAGGGGGGGAUGUGGAGGAGAUAUGGCAGACAUUGUUCCUGGAACUUUCCUGUAUUAGACGUUCAGAUGCCAAAAGAUUCUACGCCGUUGUAUCAGCCAUCAAGUGUUUGACCUCGGGGGAGAGGCAAUAAGUCACACGUCCUGAAGCUGGAGGAGUGAUAUUUGUGUCGUUAAACUGGAUUCUUAACAGCCGUCUGGGACUUUUCCCUUCCUGAAGCUGAGUGCUCCUCGGUAUCAAUAGUGAUAAAGAAACAAACUGCUUGUUCCCAUCUCUUUAGACAGAUAAGCUGAAUGGUGGGCUUUAAAUAAUACAAACAUACACAUAGUUGACUUGUGUAUGGGCUACUCUUGGAUUCUUGUUAUUGUACACUUGUGUUUAGUCCAUAUUUUGUUAAAAGCAAAACAAGGUGAUAAAUCACUUUUCAUUGAAAAGAAAAGUGUAGAGCAUGACCGAAGUGCUCAUCCCCUGGGAGUUUCCACGUGGUGGCUGCGCAGUGUGGAGAGUGAGUGAAAUCCCUCCAUUGUGGUGAGGAGAAUACUUCAUGUCCCUCGUCCUUGCUCCCAUUGAAUUCCGCGAAAGGUGGAUUUGACCAAAAGCGUUCUGGUUAAAUUUGUAGAAAUGUUGAAAUUGGCUAAGGUUUUCAUUUAUGCUUGAAUUUUUAUAAAAUGUUUAACCAAAUGUACCUUUGCAUUAUUUAAUUAAAAUUGCU